AUGCUUGUCUUAUCAACUCUUCUUCUUGUCGCCGGUUUGGCCUCAGCUUCAGUUUUGCCUCGUGAGUUUUCUCAUUUGUGGAUGCCUGAACUUAAUUACAAUUAUUUCAGCAAGAACUGAAGAACAAGUCAUCGAAUUCGUCAACGCCAAUCAAAAAUUAUGGACCGCCGGUAAACAUUUGUUGCCAAGAGAGACAAUUCUCAAAAAAUUGAUGGAUUUGAAAUAUGUCGCUCCACACGCUGAUGAAGAUAUUCAACAAGUUCCAGUCGCCGCUUCAAUUCCAGACACUUUUGAUGCUCGUCAACAAUGGCCAAAUUGUGUUUCAAUUAAUAACAUCAGAGAUCAAUCAAACUGUGGAUCAUGUUGGGCUUUUGCUGCAGCUGAAGCUAUUUCUGAUAGAACUUGCAUUUACUCAAAUGGAACUGUCAACACACUUUUGUCAUCUGAAGAUUUGUUGUCUUGCUGCGUUGGAAUGUUCUCAUGUGGAAAUGGGUUAGUUGAUCACCCUUUCCGAUUCAAUUUCCUUCCCUUUCCCCAUAUGUUUUCGAUUACAAAUAAUUUUGCAGAUGUCAAGGAGGAUAUCCAAUUCAAGCAUGGAAAUGGUGGAACAAACAUGGUUUGGUAACUGGAGGAUCAUACGAAUCACAAUUCGGAUGCAAACCAUAUUCAAUUGCCCCAUGCGGUGAAACUGUCAACAAUGUUACUUGGCCACCAUGUUCUGCUGAUGAGGAACCAACUCCAGCUUGUGUUUCAACUUGUACAUCAAAGAACAACUAUGCUACACCAUAUCUUCAAGACAAACAUUUCGGAGCCACCGCUUAUGCUGUUGGCAAAAAAGUUGCUGACAUCCAAACUGAAAUCUUGGCUCAUGGACCAGUCGAAGUUGCAUUCACAGUUUAUGAAGAUUUCUAUCAAUACAAAAAUGGUGUUUAUGUUCAUACAACUGGUGAAUCAUUGGGAGGACAUGCUGUUAAAAUUCUUGGAUGGGGAACUGAUAAUGGAACACCAUAUUGGUUGGUUGCUAAUUCAUGGAAUAUCAAUUGGGGAGAGAAUGGAUAUUUCCGUAUUUUGAGAGGUGUUAAUGAAUGUGGAAUUGAACAUUCGGCUGUUGGAGGAAUUCCAGAUUUGACAAGACACAAUUAG